CGCCCACCGCCAGUGUUCCGCCGCCGGUACGCCGGCCACUGUUUCGCGCGCCCGAACGACGUGACGUCUCCCGGGAAAUCCGCCGAGGACAGUUAUUGCGAUUGUAUCGAUACCGUCUCUUUCGGGUGUCGUUCGUCGGACGACGACCACGGGAGUCACGCACGCCCGAACACAAUAUGAUGUUGCCCGGACCGACGACGACCCGUUCCGCACCGGCUGACCUGUCGUAAGUGCGAUACAUUUAUAUAAUAUUACGUGCCUUUAGCUAUCGCGUUAUUAUGCGUGCAGCGCCUAUAAAUAAUAUAAGAGUAUCUCGAGUGCCCGCGGUAUACUAUUGUAACAAUCGACGGUAGCGCGUAGAUCUUCUGUCGUUAUGCGUCGGUGUCCUCUUUCGAUUGUUUUCGAAAAAAUCGCGCGUGCUCCGGAAAUGUAAUUCGUAUUGUUUAACGGCGCGGCGACGAGCACGGUGGUAUUAUUGUCGUAUAUCCGCCAAACACGGUUUUUGCCCGGUACUCGAUCGCCGAGAACGGCGUACAUACUUGUGUAGUGCAGUCCGGUUCCGAACGGUUGACGAACAUUCGAUGUUGUCUCCGCCGCCUUUUGAACGGAUACCGUCGUUACGGGUGAAAUAUUCCAUUGGUCCACGCAGACGAGUGGUCUCUGCGUGAGGUGCCUAUAGUCAUUAUCGCACCAAUACCUACGAUCGACAAUUACGGUUUAAAUACCGUUGGUAAACGAUGUCGAAACCGCCGCGUACCCGUAAUAAUGGCUAGGUACACAUAUGCGCGCGAGUAAAAAACGUGGCGAAAUCCGUUUGGCUAUUUUUCGUUCAUUCAUUUUUUCUUAUUCCGAACCGGCCGCGGCGUAGGGUCUUGCGAUAAUAAUUCGACAACGGAAACGCAAAUCAAUCGCCGUACAAAAUGUAUAAGCUCAGGACGUGGCCGUACCGCUGUACGUUAACAAAGUCGUUGCCGUCGUCGUAUUAACCACUCACCGCGCGUGUUGUUCUUCCCUCUCGCGAAACAUGUCGUGCGGACGGACGGUCGACUGCCGUAUGCACCGCGCCAUACAGCCGCUGUUGUCGCGUCACGCGGGCCGUCGCGGACUUUUAUCCGGCCUGCCCGGUGUUAUUGCGUUAUUUGUUUGCCCGGCCGAAUUCUGCGCGACGGCAUUAUCGUCAUCGUCGUCUGUCAUCCGGUGCGCCCGAUUGUUAUUGCUGUUAUUACUGUUGUUGCGUCGCGAACGGAGCGCCUAACACGUUACCAAUUUAUAACGCCGCCGGUAAACACGACCGUCUCGCCGCGCGCGCUUAUUCGCCGUCCUUGCGGGCAUUAUUUGGAGACGCGGUAAGGUGUCGUCUAUCUGAAUAGUUUGUAACUGCUUGAUUCGUUUCGAGUGCCCACUCGAACGCAACAUAUUUGCGUUUAUUUUACUGCGGAUAACCGCCAACGGUUUACGGUUUACAGUCGUUGUUAAUUGUCGUUACCGUAAUAUUACGCCGAUUCCGAUAAACGCGCGGUAUAAUAUAGAUAAUUUUUUCCGAGGGAAUUCCUCGCGUCAUCGUCGUCUCAUUCUUAUCUGAACUUUGAAAGUUUAUCUAUUAUAAACGUAACAGUAUACCGUUUAAGAACUAUCGAUUCAACGUGCGACGUUCUCCGCACCACCGGGGUUUGUUAAAAUAAACUAUUGUGAAAUUCGCCUGUAUACACUUAUUGUGUAUCUACCGAUAAUUAUCGCGCACGAAAUAUGAUUAAUGUAAACAUCAGUCCAAUAAGCACUCGCUGUCCUAUAGGUAUAAAUAUAUUUUACGAUAUGACGUUCAACCACCAGACGGACUACCGUCCGGACCCGGGUCGUUACUCGGUCGUUACUUUUUACAAUCCGACCGCACUCGAUAAAUGUCCUCCCGAUUGUGACGUACACGCGAGCAAGUACAUAAAACAUGCUCGUAAACGUGCAUAAAACGCAAUUGUGUGCGGUUUCAGAUCGCAACGAGUUGUCUGCAGUUGGACGCACACUUGUACUGUAUAAUGUACACCGUGAAAAAACUAGGCGGUUACUAAAAAAACCACUUAAAAUAUCAAUAUCUAUUACCACGAGUCGAACACAAAAAAUAAACAAUGUGACCCUUUUUAAUUUUUACGUAAUAAUAUAUUUUAGGCGCAUCUACGCAAACAUAAGGUGUAUAAUAGUUUUAUUAAAAAAAAAAAAAAAAAAAAAAAAUGUAUGGUUUAUGAAUUGUUUAUUGGUAUAGGCAGAUGCAAGUUCCGUGCUGUAGUCUACGUUUUUAUUUUAUAUUGUGGAUACAGUUGGAUUUUAAACGAGCACCUUAAUCUCUAUCACAGUCAACCGCCGUCGAGUAAUUUAUCUUUUAUUAAGGGUACUUCGUCUUGUCUGUGACAGCCAAAUUAAAAUAGUCAUAAUAACUGUUUUAUUAUUAUUAUUUUAUCCGUGACGCCAAAGUAACCCAGAAAUCAACCGAAAUAAAUUGAAUUUUGUCAUAAUAAAAUAUUAAAAAUCAAGUGUGAGCCACCCUCUUUAGGAGUUAAAUUUCGAUGAAAAAAAAAAAAAAAAGGAGACGUCGACAUUCCUCUUGUACUGAAUGUGACGUGUACAAAGUUUCAUUAAAAUCGGAACAAAACUAGAUUCGUACAGCGGACAGACAAGACAGAAUUUAAAUUGUAUAAUAUGUUACAUUAACUACAAUAUUAUAUCUCCGUAUUUUUUUUAUAACAUUCAAGUACUCGUCAUAUUAUACACUUGUUAUUUUAUUGAAUUGAUUUUGUUAUCGUAUUAUAUCGAAUGAAACUUAAGAUAACAGUUAUCGACGUUGAUUUUUAACUCGGGUUUUCAACUAUGUUAUUUGUGUAAUAUUCGUAAUUUAUCUAACUUCAAAUUUAAUUUUGACCGUAAUUUUAUAACUACCUACUUAAAUGCAUUUUUAAAUCAUAAUGAAUAUAGACUGCGGGGAUAAUGAAGUCUUAAUAUUUCAUUUUAGAUCGUAAUAUGAUUCAAGUAAAUUUUGUAUAAAUAGAUAUCUCGUAAAUAAAUAACCGAAACGGAUCCAAAGGCAAAUCUUAUUUUUCAUCAUUAAAUUAAUCUUAUAAGCUAUAGUCAAUAACAUAUUAACUUUAAUAAUUAAGGUGCAAUUUUCAAUGGUUUCGCAAAAUCUCUGUCUUUCUAACGGUCAAUUUAUAUAGCAAAAUUUAAUUCGGGGCAAAACAAAAGAAAAAGCCUUUAAAAUCUGUUUUAGAGACAAAUAAAAUUUGUAAAUAACACCAACGAGAUUUUCUUCAACAUUUUGUAAUCUAUACACUUUAUAAUUGUUGUUUUAUUUCUAAAACCAAUUUUUAAAGCCUUCUUGUUUGUUUCACGAAAACGAAUUGUUAUUAUAUUGUCCGAGUUAGACAGCUGUAUAGCUUCUUAAUAUAUAUUAAAGAUGUUUAGUAGUAAACAAAUACGUAUUCAGUGGCAAAGUAGUGGGAAUUAAAUUAACAUUCGAAAACCGGAAUAUUUUUCAACUAUCGUAUUAUAUAUGUAUCUAUACAUAUUUUUCUAAUUAAAAAUACCGACAAACCAUUGCUCCUCAAGUUAUUUAAAUGCUCUGAUUAUCAAAUGUUUUUUUAAAAUUUUUUUAACUUUUAAAAUGCAAAUGAUACACCUACACGCGUACGUCAAUUCAGAAUAAUUCAGAUGCGCCGUUAGAUACAUAUAAUUGAUGGUUUAAAUAUAAUAUCAUAAUCUAAUCGGAUGGUAAAUAUUAAUUGCAAGUUUGCAACAAAAGGUAUCGCUUAUAAUACCCAGGGACGGAUUGAACCAUCGGGCAAUCCUGAAAUUCCCGGCGGGCCGCGUACUGACGAGUUGAAAUGGGCCGCUGGAGCAAUCACUAUUUUACAUAACAUAUAAUAUUAAACAUUACAUAUGUAUACGCUAUGUAUAGACGGUUUUUUUUUUUAAAGGUUACUCGACAUUUUUUUUUCAUAAAAAGCGUCAUAAAGCUAGAUGGCAAUAAACAAUCUCAUAUAUACAUAUAAAAAAAAACAAACCGAUAUACUUCGCACGAUGGGUGGGCCGCCACUGUUAUAGGUGAAAAGUGGGGAAGGUGGAGGGGAAAUUGAAUGCAUGAAAAUCUAUGUAUCUGUACGCAAAGAUUAAUCAUUGCUAACGAAAACGAUUCUAAGUAUGGAGUUCGUUAUAUGUGUUUUGAAAAGCCGUAAUAUUUAGAAUUUGAAAUUAACAUAUUUCGUACAUUUUCCCGUUUUUCCAACGUGUUUUUUCCAUUUGUUAUUAAAAACCUCGGGAAAAUUAAAAAAUAAAUUUCCUAAAGGAUCAUUCUAGUCAGAUUUCGUUUCAGAAAAAGUGCUACAUUCUUGAAAAUCGGAGUAAAAUUUCUGAUAGAAAAGUUGUUCACAAAAAAAAAAAAUAAACAUUGUAAAACCAACACAUUCCUCGCUCCGUUCAGAAUCUAUAAUUAAUGAUCAAUAAACUUAAAACCAACUGAACUAAUUUGCAACAACUUGUGUACACAUAUUAUAGGAGGGCUGGAAAAGCAAUAGCUAAAGGAAGAAUAGAAAAUCUAUUUUUAAACAUUUACAGACAACAUUGGUUAAUUACAGUGAUAGAGACGGGGAUGGAAACAUAAUAAUAAUACAUAUCAGAAGCUGAAUAAUAAAUGUAGAUAAUCUUAAAAUCAACUUCUCAGGGCUUGAUUAUUGAUUAACCAAUAGACUGAAAUGGCAGCAGCCGUAAAAUAGGGAGGGGGGAAUACAAUUACAUAUUUGGAGAUUUGUUGGGCAUUCUAUAUGAAGCCUUAGUCUAAAUUAUUAUGAGCAAAGGUAGUCAAUUAGAAUGUUGUUUCAAUUCACAUAUAGUAUUAAUAAUGGCAGUAUUCCAUAGUAAGAUAUCUGGUACAAAAAUAGUGAAACAACAAAAAAAAAUAAUCAAUGAUCAUUGUAAAAUUACAGAAUAGAUUAAUUAUAAAAUUUGAGUUCCUUAUUUUACGUGUACGUAUAUUAGCGUAUUUCACUUCGUAUUCACGUGAAUUACACUAAAAAACGUAAACACAACUAGUAGAUUUACGUGCAUUAAGUUAAAUGUAAGUACAAUUUUUUUUAUUUACGUAUAUACGGACUUCGUUUUCACAUAGAUACUUAUUAGUUCUUUUUUUUAAUCGAUACUUCUACAUAAAACUAAUUUACUUAACUCGCUACGCUCAGAAUAUAAAAAAAAACUUAUAAAGAAAUAAAAGUCGUUCAAUGAUUUUGGAAAUUUACCACGUCUAGGUAAUUCCAAUAUUAUUAUUACCAAGUUUCAAAUUUCUACGUGUAUUUAUAACCGAAUAACAGCAUAAAAACUCCCAAAAAUUAGAAUUCCUCAAAAGCUCAAAAGUUUUAGCGGUGAUACCGUAAGAAAUUAAAUCAAAAAGCUAACAAUAAAGGUAUCUUGUUUUAAGCAUUUUUUUUUUAGUAGAAAACGUCCGUGUUUUUAUAGAAUAAUGAAAUCGUGAAAUUGUACGUUUUCCUACGUUUUUCUCACGUAAGUGCUUUUAUUUAAAAAAAUGGCGUCGAAAACUAAAAAAAUAACUCGUUUAAAGUACCACCUAGACAAUUUGAGAUUUAAGAAAAGUUGCUACACGUAAAAAUCGGAGCAAGUUUACUAGAAAAAAACGUGUUCACAAACUAGAACAAAGAAAAAGAAGAAAAAAAAAAUAAACAACAUUGUAAAACCAAUAGCUCCCUCAUUACGCUUGGGAUCUAAAAAUUUGUUUGAACAAAUGUAUUUUUGUUAAACAUUUUUUAGCUAUUUCGCAUUAUCUUACCUAUGUUUAUUUGAUUUUUCUUAUACGUAUAGUCACUAAAAAUUAUUAACUUGAAAAAUAAUUUUAAUUUGUAUAAAAUCCAGUUUACAGAUGAUAUUCUGUGAAUGUUUUUAAGAAAUUAUAAUUGAGUUUCUUAUUAGAAACAAAUUGUUUAAUGAUGUAAUACUUUAUAAUGCACAUAAAUGUGUUAUUUAUAAUCACCAAUUUUUGUAUGGGUACACUUCAAUAAUUUUCUAAUUUUUAACAACCCGGGGGUGAACAACACAAAUUUCCGUUGUUUAAAAUUAUAGUCUAAAAAUUAAUUUAAAUAAAAUUACAUCGUAAAUAAGUACCAAUAUUUAUUAAAUAAAUUAGUUUUACUUUUUCUAUAUAUAUUAGGAAAUGUGUUACUAUAUAAUUAUGUAUAACCACAACAACAUUUACAAUAAUUAUUUCAAUAAUAUAUCAAUAUAUAUAACAUCAAAAAUUAUAUAGGUACUGCAGUUCAAUGUUAAAUCAAUAGUGAAAUACAAGUUAUAGUUAAAAAUUUAAUAAUAAUAUUGAACGUGGAAUAUAGACGAAAAAUAAUAUAAGGUGCGUAUAGAUAUGGGUCGCAUGUUAUAAAUAAAUUAAAUGUUUUGAUUGCAUGCUAAGUAAUUAUUACUUUGUAAAAAAACGCAUAAAACCAUAAAAGUAUAAUAAUCUACAGAAAUACUUUAGUGAUGAGAAAAUGAACAAAAAAAAAAAAAAAAUAUAUUUUAUAACAAAAUGUCAGUUGUAACUUUGAUAAUUUUAUUACAAUUUUUAACUAUUCAUUUGAUACUCUAAAUCUUUAUAGGUAGGUUAUAAUUUAUAGGGCAAAAUAUUCCGGUUUUGUGCUUACAAAUUUUAAUGACUUAAAAGAUGAAAAAGAGUUUGCACACAUUGUGUGUAUUCAUUUAUGAACAACGUCGCUACGCUCCUCGGAUGUAUUACUGCUUGGGUAGGUACCCUGAUGGGUAGGCCACUGUUGUGGGUUGAAAGUUGGGAAGGUAUAGGAUGUAUUAAAACAUAAUUUAAUUUAUAUCAGUAAACACUGUAUACUUAUACGUAUUUUUGAUUAAUUAAAAUUAACUAUACCGUCUAUUAACGUCAAUAUAUAAUUCACUAUACCAUAUCUGUUACAUAUAUAUAUAUUGUACAUUAUUAUUUUUAUAUUCAUUGUAUCAAUUGUAAUAUAAGAUUCAAUAUUUUAAAAUUGCAAAUAAUUGUUAUCUUUUGUAUAAAACGAUAAAAAAAAUCUAUCGUUAUCAUUAAGUUUAGUUUACCAUGUCAUAACUUUAUUACUACUACUACUAAUAAUAAUAAUAAAACAAAAAAGAAAAUAUAUAUUUGCACGCAACGAUAAAUGAUUUUGAGCGAAGUUCGGUAAAAACUUAAAAUGUUUUAUCAAAUUUAAAUUAAAAAUUGUACUGUAACUAUAAAAAUUACAAUUAUUGUCCGCGUUUUUUCUUCACUAAAUUUUAUAAACUUUUAAAGAGCCGACCGAGUUUGAUCCGCAUAAAUCGGAAAACAGUAUACGGAAUUCCGUGAUUUUUACGAUUUGCAUCACUUAAGCAAAAUGAUGCGAAAUAUUAUCUGUGCAGACGAAUUUAAAUUAUUUCACGAACAUUAAAGUUUCAAAAGAUGAAAAAUUAUUAUUUUGUUAUUGCAGAUAGUGUACCUACAUAUAUAUACAUUAUGCCGUUUUUUUGCAAUUUUACUAAUGCGAUUAUAAAUUAUAUACCAAUAUUAAAUUGCACAAUGAAUGCAAUAGAAAUAUUCAGAUGUGAUUUCAAAAUUUGAAGAGAAGUCUUAAUAAUCGUUACGAAUGUACCUGUACAAAUAAAAAUUACAUAGCUACCGGGGCUAGCUAAUAAGAGGCUCGAUAGCUACAAAUAUUUCGCAUGGAGCACAUUCGUGACGCGUACGUAUUAGAAAAAAUAAAAAGUAAAUGAUUUGAAUGUUACACCUAUAUUUAUGUAUAUUUUUUUUUCAUUUUAAAAGUCACCUCGUGUGUUACGCUGCGAUAGUGCGUGAUAUUGCUUGGAUCGAUAUGCAACUAAAAAUAAAUUAGUCUUAAGUUCGUGAAAUGUACCGAAAUAAUAUUAAACGUAAUGUUUUUACAUUCGGUAGUUUUCUUUUCGCCGACACGUGAUGAACUUAUUCGCGUUGUGCAGGCUUUCUGAAGUACCUGAACCAUUAUGUUGACCUGCACCCCCGCAGUUGUACAAUGCAUACAUAUUAACAGAUUAAUUAAUAUGUUUAUAAUUUAGUUGAUUAUAGUCGUGUAGAAUUGACAACGAAGGCUAAAACCAUUAGCAUUAUCCGCCGUCCGGUUUUAUAUAUUAUGUAGUCUGCAGCUAGUUAAAUUCGUUUAGUCUUGUCCCGCAAUACAUCGCUAUUGCACGAGCACAGUUAACUGUCUGUCUCCGUGAAUUAUGCAUAAUAGCACGUAGUAAGUAUUUUCCUGCGCGAGAAGAGCUCGACGAUUGUGAGUACGUAUAAUAAUAUGUAUAUAUACUUACCUAUAUCAUGUACUAUAUUAAUGGCCAAUUUCUAAUGACGUUCUGCAUAGACUUGAGAUAGUAUUGAUGUUUGGCGAUUUUCACUGAUACAUUAUAAUAUAAUGUCGCUGUUCCGAUAUUCUUAUACGGGGUAUGCCACCGUGUUCGACAGAUACUUUUCGACACGUUAAUAUACGAAUUUUUCUUUACCACCCAUAAUUUUCAUUGCCGGGGACGCUCAUUUAGAGAAAAAUAAAAUUAUGUGAAAUAUAUUUUCAAUAUAUGUAUAUCAUGUCUGAAGAACAGUUUCUUAGUAACAGCAGUUUUAAUUUCUCGAGAAAAAAUGUGAAAAACGAGACUAUCGAGCAACGCGAUUCGAGUUAAUAAUUUGAUUUAUUGUGUUAUAAAUUGUAAACGUUUAAAAUUAAAACGACUUUUAUUAAAAAUUAAAUUAAUCGGAGAUAAUAUACUUUGCAAAAUGGCUAUUUUGAAAAUUGUUUAAAAUUAACGAAUAAAAAGUUAUUUUUCAUUAGUAUUUAGGGGAUGAAAAUACACAUUUUUCUAUAAAUUUAUUUUCGCUCAAAAGAAAAACAAACUGAAAAAAAAAACUUUUUUUUUUUUAAUUAAAUAUUAACAGCUCUAGGAAAAUCCGUCGAACACGAUGAUGGGGACACUCUGUAUACACGAGUUUUGUGUAAAACAUUUAAGUACAGUAUCCAUUAUAUAUGUAUACUUAUAUUGAUUUGGAAAAAAAACACCCUACUGUAUACAGUAUAGUAUAUACAUACUAUACUGUACAUGUUUUAAAUUAUCUAUAUCUAUGUAUAUUAUACUGAUAGUGGUUAUAAUAUAUUUUCUUAUUUUAAUUCUCGAAGUAAAUAUAACAUGCAUUAGUCUUUCGUGUUUUACGUUCCUAUAUAAUAGUUGCAGCGUUCAGCCUUCUUGCAGUAUCGAUCGUUUAUCUGCAAUUCAAUUACGCAUAAUAUAACAAUAAUUUAAGUACAAAAAUGGGCCACAGCCGUUUUAAUGUUUUAUCCGGAGACACUGCAGCACGAGCAGAAGUGUUAAAGAUAACAUUAAAUUUGUAGAAUUUUCACCGAAUGUUUAGAACUUUCUACAUAGAAGUGAUACAAUUUUUAAAUUUUGCUGAUGUUUUUGAGUUAUUCGUAGCUAAGUGUUUGACAUUUUCAAGUUUUAAUUUUUGGUUUAAUGUGGUGAAAAAAAUUGUAUCAAUAUUUGUUUUGUUUUUUUUUGAUUAACGAUUUAAGUUUAAAUUGAUGAUAUAAUUCGUUAAAACCACGAGCAAUUAUUGUAAUAUAUUUUGUAUCCAAAAAUGGACGAAAAUGUCAAAUUUAUAUUUAUCAACAGCAGUUUUAACCGUGCUCCGCUCAGAAUCGUUAUUAUUUUGCGACGGAUUAUCGUUGCACAUACAGUAAAAAUAAACUUAAUUAUAUCGUAACCAUCCUGAUUUUUGUUUUUGUUUUUUCCUAAAUGUUUGGAACGUAUUCGAUCGGCUAAAAACGAUUAGUAUCGACUUACUGUCCGCGACAUUAUAAUAUUAUAUUUCGACGAUAAAAUCGUGUUGCAUACCGUAAUCUACUAUCGUUGACCUAUAAAUAAAAUAAGAAGCGAAAAGAGCUUGCCGUUUCUAGCAUUAUAACCGCAACGUAGAAGUAGUUAUAAUAGCAGAAUAAUUUAUUGUGUCCCGCACACAAUACGCAUGUAGACGUUCGGUAUAAUUUACCAAUGAUAAUAAUUGACGGCCGCAGUUUACAAUAAUAGCCAUUAGCGUGUCACUUAAGUCGGUAUUCCAGCUAUAUCGUAUGUCGUUUUUCGAUUGGCCACUGCGGUAAUCUUGAUACAUUUUCAGUAACCAAGACCUGCCGAAAAAUGUUUAGAAUCGAGCUGAUUUCAUCUUUUCUCUUGUUUCGGUUACAAUGGUCAAUUGAUUUUUUUGAUGUUAUAUUUUGUAUUAUAUCUGUGGACACGACACUACCUAUACAUACGCACACGACGUCGCUCGAGUACCGCAUUUAUAGAAAAAUUCACGGUUUACCGUAGUUAUGGCUUGUGUCGUCUUUUAUAUAUAUUUGUGAAAUGUGAAUAAUCUGGCAUUAGGUAUUUUAGAUUCUGAGCGGAGCGAGGAAUGUAUUGGUUUUACGAUGAAGCUUAUUUAUUUUAAUUUUUUUUUUUAUACUUUAUACGAAAAUUCUACCAGAAAUCUUAUUAAGAUUUUCAAGUGUAGCACCUUUUCUGAAAGGAAAUUUUUCUGGGAUGGUACUUUAGAAACACUUUUUAGUUAACACUUUUUCGAUUAGUAAAAAUGAUCCAAUUUUUCAUGCUGUAAUUCAAAACAUUUUCGUUUGGUGGUACUUUUUUUGCAAACAAUUUUCUAGAUUCCCAACAGUUUUUCUAUACAAUUUAAAACUUACAGCAAAUGUCGACACAUAGAUUUUAUUUUUAUUGAUUUUUGGAUACCUUGGCUAUGAGAUAAAAACAUGACAAAUACUACUCCUCUCAGAUAUAUUUUUUCGUUUGCAAUGGUUUAUUAUUGCAUACAUUAUAAACUAUGUUACCUUAUAUAUCUUACAAUAAAAGAAAUAUAUUUAAUGAGUUUUGAAUUAAAAUCUGUUCACUUAUAUUAUUAUAUAUAUUCCUUUGCAUUGAGCUAUUUCCUGCUACUUUUAGACACAUUUAGCAGCUUUUUCUGGACCAGAUGAUGAGCUCAAUGUUUUAUGUGGAUUGAAGUGAUAACAUUUUGAUAUGAAUUUUACUAUGUUGUUGUGAGAGGAAGGUGUUCUUUAACUUUGUAAAAAUGUGCUUUUUCGGGGCUUCAACUUUCAAUCUCUUUCUCAGACAUUUGCAUGCUCAGAUUUCUCGUUUUCUCAAGAAAUAUCUAGUUUUUAAUACCCCUACACUCUACAGGCUAAAAUAUAAGAAUAUAUAUAAGAGAAAAUUCGACUCUUUGCCGCUUCGAAGGUUUGCCGCUCACUGGUGUUUUAUUUUAAUAUAUUAAAUUUUAAUAUGUAUGUUAAAUAUUUUAAUUUUACCGGACAAAAGUUUAUACUCAAGUUAAUAAUAAGUGUAAUAAUGCAGUGGGUAAACGGUAAUAGACUACUAUAAUUGUUGGUACACCUACCUACCUAAAUUUAAAAAGCUGCAUAAUUCGUGUUAAAUUGUUGUAAUCACUUUCAUUAAAAUCGCGAAAACUAAUAACGCUGUUGCUUGUUAUAAUACAUUGUUUUAAAUUUAAUCAUAAAUAAUAUUAAAUUCGAAUUCGCGGCCGCACGGUCAUCACCUCCGCGCCAGUUCUCAUUGCAAUAAUAAUGGAAAUUCGACCAUCGUUAUUAUCGGACCAAGUGGCGGUGACGUGUUGUGGGUAGGUAUAGGUAUAAUACACUUCGGUAUAAGUAUAGGAAUACGAGUUAUAACGCUUCCAUGACCAACGAUUACCCGACCGCGACAGAGGAGAGCGAAAUGAAACGGUACCUGCCCAUAAAAUAUUAUAUUAUAUGAAGUUGAUGCGGUUUUUUUUUUUUUUACUCCAUCUAACGCGCAUUACUAUACCUCCGAAACCGUAGCUGGUACGUAUUUUAUUCCGGUCUCGGGAUUAUCGCCCUACUAUACGUCUACAAUAAUGUAUAUUUAGUAUUUAUAAAUUUUGUUCAAUAAAUCGCCAGUGCACGCGUAUAAUAUACGUAUUAGGUACGUAUAUACAACACGUUCUUAUUAUUAAGAUACCGUGGACGACCGAUCGGAUAUCAAUAUAAUUAUAAUAAUAAUAUCAUCAUAAUAUAAUAUUAUUCCAUUAUACUACACGUUAGUGGUUUCUAAACUGUGUACCGAGACCUCUAAGAAAAAAAUACAUAAUAUCUACAAUUUGUAUUGCAAUUGAAAAUUUCAGGUUCUGAGCGAAGCGGAGUCGUUUCAUUGCCUGUGAACAACAUUUCGAUGACCAGACAUUUUGCUCCUAUCAUUGACAUUUGGGGUGGUUUUCCGGUAGAAAAUAUCUAGUCUUUAAUAAGAGCUUUGAGGAAAUUAUUAAUAUAUAAAACAGGGAAAACGUCGGGAUUUGUACGCACUAACGGUUUCUGUUAAUUUCCAUUUUGUCAUAUUUUUGUGAAAAAUGAUCUUAGAGACUCGAAAUUUUUACUUGGCACGCAUGCAAUAUUGUACUUAUUUAGAUGUGACACAUAUUAUACAGCCUGUAUAAAACAUGAUAAAUCCACUGACAAAUAUUUAAUUGAUAAUUCGAUUGAUAAACAUUAAUGUUUUUAUGUUAUUCAAUGCGUUAAAUGUCGGCCAAUAAUAUAGGAAAAUAUCAGUACGUUUUGAACAACGUAUGAUGGAAAAGUGAAAACAGGAAAAAAUAUCUUUAUUAUUUAUAUAGCACGACAUUUAUGACAAAUCGUAUGGGUGUCUUAUAAUAAUUGGUUUCUGGGCAGGACAAUUGAUGCCCGUCACUAUAACAUUAUUUUCUUUAUCAUUAUUUUUUUACUCCUAUGAAAUAAUUAUAUUUGUGUGUGUAUAUAUAUAUAUAUUGGCUGGAGUUCGGUUAGAAUUUUAAUUUCCAAUGGCUCUUUUCUGGGUGUCACCAUUCAAUUGCGUCAAAUAAUUGUGUACUAUGUUAAGGUCAUAGUAAAUUGCCUCUGCAGUUAGUAGGUAAUGAGAUAUAAUUUGUUUUGUUCUUCCCAAAGUUGAAACAAUAUUUAAUUUGUGUUUAUUUUCAUUAUUCUAAUAGAUGCUGAUAGUCCUGAUGUGGGCGUUAAUGAGAACAAGAGUUCCUAAAUCGUAUAUAUUAGUCCGAUAGAGGAUGUGUAUGAAGAUACAAAUACGAAUAAGAUUGAUUUUAUUUGCCAAUAAUUAUCGACAUUUGAAUGAGAUUUUGUUUUGUGUUCUUUUUAGUGUUUCUUGUUCAUAAAGUUGCGUGCCUUAAUUUUAUUUUGAUAAUUUGAACAAAUGAUACAGGUAAUAUAAAUAUAAUCAUUUUCGAAAAUUUCAAAAACCUGAUAGCUGGUAAUAAAGAAAUUGUUUGAAUAUAUAAUAAUUGUAUUACAAAUUUUAAUAAUACAGAAAUGUGUUUUAAAUAUUGUUGUGUUAUUUAAAUAAAAUAACUUUUCUACGAUAAAUCUUGCUCCGAUCAUCAAAUUUGAGGGUUAAGGAGAGUAUAGUGAUGAUGUACAAAAAACCUGUAAUGUUAUGGCUCUUUAUAAAACUCGCAUAUGAUACAGGUUUGGUGACCCAGUCAACAUAAUAGAUAUCUUCCGAAUAUCAAUUUCACAGGUUUUUAAUUUAGUUUACAAUAAUUAUUAAUUGGCUCGUAUUGACAAGUUUGUGCAUCCGAAAUUAAAUAUAUUAUAACGGUUAAAAAAUACCAGUUUUUUAUUACUUGCAAACUCUCUAUGAAAAAAUUUUGGUCUUGCGAGUUAUUUAAAUCUGAAUAAAUACAAACAAAUUUAAGAAUACCUACGUUCAGUUUUUUAAAAUGUUAUUUUCGAUUUCGAGUGUAGCUAAGCUAGCUAUUAAUUUCGUGAUAUUUUUUAAUCCCAGAAAAAACACUUUUUCGGUUUGUAAUUAUUUAAUUAAUUUUGAAAACAUUUUCUAGUUUUUUACAAAAUUAAAAAAAGUGACUACGAAUGACGGAUACUUCGGUUUUAUUUUAGAUUCUGAGUGGAGCGAGGAAUGUAUUGGUUUUAUAAUGAUGUUUAUUUAUAUUUUUUUUUGUGAACUAUUUUUCCUUCAAAAAUUUUGCUUCGAUUUUCAAGUACAGCAUUUUUAUUGAAAGGAAAUUUAACUGGAACAGUUCUGUACGGAGAUUUUUUUUGAUUUUCCCGAGGGUUUUCAUAAUAAAUGAGAAAAAACGUAGAAAAACCGGGAAUAUUUACGAAAUAUAUUAUUUUCAAAUCGUAAAUACUACGGCCUUUAAAAACAUGUGUAACCGAACGCCGCUCAAAAUGGUUUUUCGUUAGGAAAGAUUAAUUUUUGCGUGCAAAUAUAUAUUAAAAUCCUCUCUAUAAAUAUUAUCUUCCCAACUUCUUGUCUACAAGUGGCCCCCACCCACCAUGUGAAGUAUGUUCGUAUCUUUUUUAUUUUUGUUGAUUUCUUUGUUACCUUGGCUACAAGAGAAAAAUCACGGCACAUACCAUAAACUUUCAAGUUUAACUAGAACAAAGUUUCAUAAUCAUUUUUUGGUUGCAGAGAUCUAUCGGUACUUUCAGUAUAUCAACGGAAUUGCCCAAUAUCUCAUGUAUUCCUAAAUUUCACAUCGCCAAAACAGUGGUUUACCUAUGGUGCGGAGUAUAACCGGCUGUUCAUUUUUAUCAACUUUUAAUAUCGUUAAUAUAAUUAUAGGAAUAAUUAACAGUGUAUUGUUAUUCAUCAUAAUACAGAAUAUUUAAAUAGGUAUUUAACAAAAAUUAUCAUUCAAACAUUUACUAUUAUUCAUACAUCCAUACACGACGAUGGUAUGGCGGUUCUUUAAUCUUGAAGUUAAUUUUGAAAAACAUUAAUAAUAAUGUUUUUUUAUUAUUGUUUAUACAAUGUUAAUUAUUCGAUGACAGUGUACAUUUAAAUACAGACAAAUUUUUGUUAGUAGUAGUAAUUGCGAAAACAACACUUUUAUAACGGCGGAUAUCGAUGGAAACGUUAUAAAAGACUACUAAUUACGUAUGAUUGGCAUCCUAUUGUAUACAAACACAAUAAAAACAAAUCUGCAGCUAUUAAAAAUAAUUUGCGAAUUUGCGACAACUUACAAUGUUCCUAUAAGUACAAGUUUAUUUGUUUAGUUGAUUACAUACUUUUUUAUUCGUAAAUAAUUUAGAUUUUGAUACGCUCGUUUCAUUUAUAUAUCGGAUGAAGUAUUAUAAAUUAAUACCCGAUAAUUUAAUGAUACUAUGCAUCCGUGUACACAGACAAAUUCACCUAAUAUUCGAAAUUUGGUAUCAAAGAAUAAUAACUAAAUCGACACAAGCGAAACGAUUUGUCAAAUAAUUUGUAUAAAACUAUACAUUUUUGCAUUUAAUAUUUUGAGUGUAGCGAUGAUGUUAUAAUAGUGUGUUGGGGAUGUAAAUUUUUGAUUUUCCUUUUAAUUUUCUUACUAAUAGGGAAAAGUGACGCAAUAGGUUUUUUAUAUAAACGUUUCAAGUUCAAAUUAUGAAACAAGUCUUAAAAGCCUCGUCAUUUCAAAACAUAUUUAACAGAACUUUGCUCAGAAUCGUUUUGCGUAGGUGAUGAUUCAUCGUUGCGUAUAGCGAUAUAAAUUGAAUAACUUUAUAUGUGUCCUACAUUAUAGAUUUUGAACGUAACGAGAAAUGCAUUUGUUUUACUAUAAUAUGUGCUUUUAUUAUUAUUUUUUUUUUUUUAUGUUUGUUAACAACUUUUCCACCGGAAAUUGUCAGGUGGAAAAAUCGCGGAAAAUGACGAGCGAUAUUUUCUAUCGAAUUUUGGUUCUAGUUAAUGUAUUGAGAAUUUUUUUUAUUUUCUUCGUUGAUUUCCUAAUAAUAACAAUUUGUAUUAUAGUCGUAAUAUGGUUACGGUUGUUUACAGAAUAUACUGAUAUAUUAGCCUUUUAUCGACGUGAUAACAUUUUCAAAACAUUCCGACGACUUUUGAGCUAUUUAUAGUCACUUUAAAUGUUCGAACUGCGGUAUUUCACGUAAAAUGACGCUGAGCGAUAAAGUUAUUGUGGCGGUUGUGGUGGUGGUGUGGAGGGGGUUAUUUAAGUGGUCGUGUACUACAGCAGUGGCAGUGGCGGUGGUAUAGGAGGGAUUAUUAGGGCGACAGUGCUGUUUUAUUAUACAAUUCAUAAUUAUAUUAAUAUUUCGGUGUAAUAUGUUUUAAACAAUUGUUUAACCGAUCUCCGUUCAGAAUCGUUUUUUUGUUUGUAAUGAUUUAUCGUUGCGUAAAAUGAAAUAACCCUAUGCAUCCUAUCUUCCCAACUAUAUUCCCAUCUACAACAGUGACACACCAAUUUUUUUUUCAUAUUAUUGUCGUCACAUUAUAUUAUUAUAAUAUUAGGUAGGACUUAGGUUCGUGUAAAUAGUUUACAGAUUUUUAAUCGUAGGUACACAGUAAAAGUAGAAAAAAAAAAACAUUAAAAGUCUCGGUAAAGAGCAUGCGCACAGAUGCGCGACGGUUUGGAACGACAGCAAGUCUGGUAUAGCAAGACGCUCAUUGUGCAGUACAGGUGAUCGCGUCUUGCUGAAAUGCGGUUCACGCGGUGCAUCAUAGUCGUCAGUUUUCUGUGCACCGACGAAACUGUUUGAAUUCGGAGUGAAUAAUCUUAUAUCAUAUUUUAUUUAUUUAUUUUUUUUUUUUGCGGUGUUUUUUUUUAUAACAACGAUAUUUUUUCUAUUAAAGCACUGACAGUAUUUAACGCUAUAACAGUAGACGUACAUGCUUGUAUAAUGUUAUAGUACUAUUAUGUGUGUGUACUCGCAGUUUUUUUUCUAAUCGAUCAAAUAUAAUAAUAUGGUUAUUAAAGAACCGUGUAAACCCGACACCGAGAGGUUAGUAACGAUAAUAUUAUGCAGGUAUACCUAUUUAAUUUGUUUUUGCGUUAUUAUCGUAGUUUUUUCGCCGUCAUAUUUCAAAACUUCAACUAAAAUUACUACCAAUAAAAUAGGUUUUCAUUGAGCACCUCGGGUACUUACAUCCAGAGUCGAGUUCAAUACAAAUAAUUAAUUAAUUAUUUUAUCACCAGUUUAUAAACGUAUUUAAGGAGAUUAUCGAAUUUAAAGUGGACGAUGUUGGUAUUAAUCAAUUUAUGAUUUUUUUUAUUAGUAUAUUCUAAUGAAAAGUAUAAUUUCUUCACAGUGAUAAUAGUUUACCUAGGUAUUGAUUAUUUUCGUAAUCGAUUUCAUUUACACAUCGGUGCCGAUUAAUUUCGUCGUUACCAACUAUUGUAGAAUUGCAUUUAGAUACAUUUUAUAGAUUAAGUAAUAUUAUUACGAACAAAUUUAAUUUAAUACGUAUCAGAUAUCUGUAGAUUCUAAUUUUUUUUUUUUUUUGUGAUAAAAUUAUUUUUUGAUUUACGCAAUAAUAAUUAGCGUUUUAUUCGAAAUUUGUAGCACCUCCCUAUACACGAAAUAAAUAAAUUUUGAAUAGUAUAACAUGGGUCUUUUUUCUUCGUAAAAUUUUCGAAUUUUAUAAUUUGAUUUUCAUUUCAAAAAUUUGCGUUUUAAUACUAAUAUAUUAUAGAUUUUGAGUGUAUCGAAGAAGCUAUAUAGUUUCAUUAUGUUGAGAGUUUUUUUCGGUUAGUAAAAAUAUUCCGAUUUAUUCAUUCCAUACAUUUCUUUUAAGAUGCGGAUUUUCACCAAAUAGUAAUUUAUUUGAAAUAUUUACCGAGUUUUUCAGCAGUUCACUCUCUAAGUACUGUUUUUGUUUUUUUUUUGAUUUCUACAGUGUUAUCUCGGCAAUAAGAGAAAAUCACGAGUAAUAUUACUCAAAAUCGUUUUUGUUUGCAACUAUUUAUCGUUGCUUACAGUAUAUAACCAAAUUACAUUAUACAUUCUACCUACCUAUUUUAUUAUUUUUUCAAUCAAAGUUGUUUUUAAAUUACUACAUUAACAUUUUUGAUUUAAUUUAAUCUGAACCCGUAUCUAAUAAACAUACGCCAAGUGAAUUUAAAUUAAAGCUUGUCAAUAAUAGAUGUAUGAUUGUUUAAAAAUAUAGAUAGUCCAAUAAUAGUUUGCUAAACAAAUUAUUAGCGAUAAAUGUUUGUUUUUUUUGUGGGGGGAGGGAUUUGAACUUACUGGAUUAUAAGAAUUUGUUUUUAAAAGGAUAUAAUAUUGUCGCAAGCAUAUUUCCAUUGUUAAUUGCAUUAAGUGUACCGAUUAUUUUGUAUCAGUUAAUGGAAAAUAUAUUCCAUCGUUAUUAUUAUCAUAUAAUCAUUAAACCAAUUUGACUUGAUACUUGAUACUGUUACUACUGGAUCGUUUAAUGGUUUUAAUGCAAAACGGAUAUAAAUAAAAGAUAAAGGAACAAGUAGAAAUUUUUUUAUGAACACUUUAUUUAUAGUAUAUUAUUAUUGUUCUGUUCUACGAUUUAUAAAACCAGAACAUGUUUUAAUACAUUAUUGUUUAGAAUGGUUGCAACUUGCACACGUAGUGGACAUGGGUCUAUCUAUAUUUUUACAGCAAAUCGCAAUAAUUUAUAAUAUGUCUACACUAUUAUAUUAUUAUAGUAAUGUCUUUUUUAACAUUUUUAUCUUGUUUAUUUUCUAUGUGGAUAGAUUUUUACCGAAUUAAAAAAAAAAUAAUAAGAAUAACUACCACAAUAAUAACGCUAUUUAUUUUUACUAGAUCUAGGGACCGUGUUUACACGUUUUUCAAUAAUCAUUAAAAAAAUAUAGCUGAAGACGUGCUGCACUUUGCUAUAUAAUACUAUUAGGACUAAGAGUUUAUAGUCCAUUUUUUGUUGCGUAAUUUGCAUAUAUUUAACUCUUUUUCACGUGUAGUGCGUAUUAUGUUAUGUUUGUAUUUCUGGUGCAUAUUCACAUGUGUGUUGAAAUUUGAAAUUGAUAUCUAAUUCGAUCUGAAAACAAAUUCGUUUACCUCGAGGUUUUCUUAUUUGUUUAUUUUUCUUACGUGAUCGACAAUACUAACCAUCACCAACAAAUAAUAUAGUUGAAUUUGUUUUCGUAUACGUAACGGGUAGACAUGUACCAAGCUUCAACAAAUAAAUUCAAAGAAAAACAAUAAUUUUACUUCAAUAUUUACAUUAUCAUAUUUCAAUAGAUACUACAAUAUUUAUAAAUAUCAGUAAUAAUCUACCUGAUUUGAAUUAAAAUUGAAUUUGUAUACUUAAUAAAUCAAUCAAAUUUUAACAAAUAAAGUGGUUUUUAAUAAUAGAAACAUGUUAGGUAAUAAUAAUGAUUUCGCAAAAUAGGUUUGUAUUUUAUGAUUUUUGAGCAUAUUUGGAAAUUUGAGUAGGUAUAAACGAAUGCAUAAAUAUUAUGUACACUUAAAAAUAAUUUGGGGUACGGUCACGUUCCAAGCUCGAAUUAUUUACUUUUGAAUUUCAUAAUAGUGGAUUUAUUUUAAAGAAUAUUGUUUUUGCAACGUAAAUUGGUGAGUAACCAUUUUAUAACUACCAUUUUGUUUUAAAUAAUAACUCCUAUAAUAUAGUUCCAUGCGAUAUUAUUAGGUAUAAUAAUUGAUGCGUGUAUUAAUAGGCACCUACUUGUUCUAUAUAGGCAUUUCAAAAAAGCAUAACAUUUCACUCGUUACUUAUUUUAUUUUAAAGUAAUCGUGUAAAGAAAAAUAAAUAAUAUAAUUUCAUCAAACAUACUAGGCAAUUAAACUAAAUAUGCCACGGUGUAUGGUUAAAUAGCACGGAGUACUUGCGUAUGUAUAUUUCAUACCCAACACGUUUAAUUCAUUUUAUAAUUAUAAAUAGGUACAUUUCGUAAAUUUUAAUAAAUAAAUAAAUACUGUUUUCCGUUAAUUGUAAACGUUUUAAUUUGUUAGCUUAUGUUUCGAACACUUCAUUUCGUAUUUAAUUUAAAGUUGUAUAAUAAAUUAUACGCAUUAAUUGUAUUCGAACAAUCAACUACUGCAUGGAUACAUCUAGUAUAAUAUUAUUAUGUUCCCAAUCUUUAAAACGAAUAUGUAUUGCGUAGACCAACCUCCUAAAUUAAAUUACAAUUAUUAAAAGUUAUGCGACACGAUUGUUAAUCAUUAAUUUCCGUUAUCAAUUAAUAAUAAAAUUAAUUAACUAACGUUUUUUGAGAAACCAUAAGUUCGUAGUAAUUAAUUAGUAGUAGUUAAUAGUAAUACUAUUGUGUAUACUUUAAUUAUUAUUGUAUAUCCGAACGGAGAAAAAUAAGUCAUUGGUUUACAAUAAAAAUGUAUAUGCAUUUUUUAAGCGAAUUUUCAAUAAGCACUUAUCAAAAUUUACAUCCGUUGGAAUUAAUAAGAUAAUCGCAGAAUACGCAAAUCGGUACCUAUUAUUACAUAAUUUUUAGUAUUGAUGUACGUAUUUCGAUUUAUUAGGACAAUACGAUGUAUAAUAAAUAAUAAACUAAUAAGUUAGAUCAUCAUCAACUAAUUUAAUUAAAACUGAUAAAAUAAAUUUGUGUUUAGAUUACGCUGUAUACCAAGACAAAGGUAUCCCAGCAGUUCCAUCGACUUAACAUCUUUUCAGGACUCCACUCAUGGUCAUGACUUCAAUCAAGGUCACAGUAGAGUAAUCAUGACUAGGAAAACCGAACGGAGGAUAUUUGUCGCUCCGACAAAAUUGGGACAGGUGCGUUAUUAUUAAACAUUGUAUUUUAAACUUAAUAAGUCAACUAGAUCAAAUAUCAGGUGAAAACGAUAAAAUAAUGGAUUUGGCGGGGUAGGGUGGAGGGAUGUAUAUUUUAUAGUCUGUAGUCCAUACUUCAGUUAUUUAAAUAUGUAAAUAACCUCUUAUUUGAUACUUCUUAUAUUUAAAAAGGUUUAAAAUUGAUUGUAUUUAAACAAUUUUAUUUACGGGGAUUUACGACACUUAACUAAGAUAUCUUGAAACUAUGUUUUCAACUCUAAUUCGUUUUAUCAUAUGUAAAACGGAAAAUACUUUAAAUAGAUUUUUGAAUAGGUAAUUUUCAAAAAUACAAUUAAGUUUUGUAACGAUUCACAGUAAAUCAAUUCAAUGUUUAUUUUAAACAUUUCCUGGUAAAGAAUCUCUAGAAUCCUAAUCCAUUAUCAAAAUUUAAACCCAUCAAAUACAAUUCCUACAGUUGUAUCUGGCUUUUAAGUCUAAAUUAGGACUUACGAUUUCAUGUAAACGUAAAUACACGAAUACACGUGUAAUUGUGAAACUCAUGUAUUGAUCCGUGUAUUUAAUAAUACACGUAUAUUUAAUAAUAAUCAUGUACAAUAUGUAUGUACGAUUCCUUUUUUACUCCAAUAUUUUGUUUUAAAAAAUAAGUGUUUGAUGCUGAGGACGGGUGGGCCACUGUUGUAGGUAUAUUAAAUAUACGGACAAUAUUAAAUACAUUGAUUAAUACACGUGUAUUUAAAUACCCGUAGGAAAUCGUAAGCCUUAGUCUAAUUCGACUAAAAUGUACGUAGUCAUUAAUCCCCUUAACUUUUAAUUUAAACAUUUUAAAUCAAAAGGGUAAAAUAAAAUGGAUUUAUGAUCAUCAAUCAUUGAUAUUGUAUAGGCAGGCACAUCAAAGAAAUAUUAUAUUUCUUUUAAAUUUGUAUAUUAUUUUUCAAAAUAUAAUCCAUAAUGUUUUCUUAUAAACUAUUAAUCCUAUUACUCAUUAGGUUAUACUAUAUUAUUAUGGUAAUUAUAUUAAUAUUAUUAUGAUAUUAAAUAAUUGACAUUUCGUUGGUCAUACGAAUUUCUGAAAUUUAUCUAAUACACAUUUGGCCUAAAUGGAAAGUAUACUGAUUUAUAAAGUUUAAAAUGUUUAAGAAUUCUAAUUAAGCAUUGAAUGAUGGAAAUAAUUCAUGGUAUUUAUUGAUAAUCUUUUUAGAAACCCAAAUUUGAAACGCUCACCAAAGAAACCGUGCAGACAUUCCGAGGUAACAAAACAGAAAGGAAAGUGACUUCUGAAACGAAAAACAUCGAAGAAACCAUUGAUAACAAAUUAGGUGUGUUCAAAGAAUGUUAAACUCAUAAGUGUAUAGAAAUAUUUUUAUUUAACAAGUGACAUUAUUUUUCCUUGUGCUAUAUUACAUCUACUCGUAUUUUAAUAUAUUGAAUAUAUUUUGCUAGUUAAUGUUAAUAUGUUUAAUUGAAUUGGUAUUACAGCUUAUAUUUUCUAUGACAAUGACACUGAAAAUGUUUGACAUCUUCUUAUUUAUCUAAUCUUCACGCAACGGUUGAUUUCCUAAUUUCGUUCCAGAAAUAAUUGUCAUCUCGUAUAAGAAACAUAUUAUUUGUUACGCAUAUUAUAUAGGUUUUGUGUGCGUUUUUUCAUCGAAACUUUAUUAUGUAAACUAUCAAAAACGACAAUGUUAAUCUCAUAAAAAAAUAUUUGCUGUUGACAUUAUAAGAAUGUUUGUUUUAUUGUUUUUGUAGAUGGAUCAGAUGAUUUCCUAUCGUCGUUGUCGUCCAGGUCUUCAACUUCAUCUCCCGAGUUAAAAACAUCGUACAAACAAGUAAGUCUGUUUUGAUAAAUAUUAUUAAUUGAAAAGUAAAUAUAAUUUUCCUUUCAAACUAAACAUUAUAUUUCACUUUUGUUUUUUGUUUUGUAUUUUUUGUUUUUUCGUUUUGAUUGGUGUUUACUCUUUUAUCCAUAAAAUCAUUGAUGGCCAGUUUUUAAGCUAAUAACAAUUAUUGGGUACAAAUAAUAGUAUUUAUUUAUAUUUGUGUAGUUAAUUUAAUUAAAAAUUAUGUUCAUUCGACGGUCAUAUAAUAUAUAUAAGUACCUUUAUGACUUUAUAUAAUAUUAGUAUACCUACCUGUGAAUAUUAACAUUAUUAAAAACAAAAACAAUAGAGAUAGAGAGAUCAUAAACCGUUUUAGGAAUUAUUUUACACCAAUAUUAAUAAUAUUUAUUAAAAGUAUACCUAUCAUAUAUUAUUCAACUUUUAUGGAAUGUUUACAAUACAAUAUGUGUUUUUUUCACAAAUAAAGCGGAAAUUAUAUCUUUACUGAACCACCUUUGAAGCGAUCUUGUAUGUAUUUAUGACUGUAAUAGGAUGUGUUAAUUAUACUCAAGAUUGAUAUACUGAAAGUAUCACGAAAGUGACAAUUGUGGAUGUUUGAUAUGCGCAUGCACACUACCUUGUGAUCACGUAUCGAUAUUAAGACACAUAUUAUACAGAAACCUUGUCCAUGCAAUGUCGACAGAUCUGCACAAGCAGUCGCGUUAAAUAAAAUAUAGGCAAGGACAUAUAAUCGCCAAGCUUGCAAUUUGAGCACGGAUAACAUAAUAAUUUGUUUGUAAUUCUGAAAUUCAAAAUCAGAUAAGUGACUAGGAAGAAUAAUUGUUACGACAAAUUGGUUGCAUGUAUACCAUAUUAAAUUCGUGGCAACAUUUAUUUAAAUAAUAACUUUACUAUUAUCGUAGGUUGGUAUCUAAAGCGUCACCGUACAUACGAAUUUAAAUAUUUAAAAUAGGUAUAACAAUAAUUAUUAUUGAAUUUUUAUUCACUACCAGGUUAAUAUUCAUUACAAAUAUAGGCAAGUACCUGUACUAAUAUUUCAUUACUGUGCAACGGUGGCAAUACUUUUAAAUAAGUGCACCUAUGCACCUAAUAGGUAGGUAUGUGAUAAAAAAGAAAAAAAAAAAUUAAAUAAGACACUAUGUUAAGACAUCAGUGUAUCAUUUUCGGAUCGAAUAAACUAAUAUCGUAUUCAUUACGCGUAUGUCCUUAAUCAUAUUAUUACCUAUCUACUGAAAAACGUUGAACGCAGAAUGCAGAAUUGCGUAAGAAUUGGAACCUAUUGUUUUGAUACGCAAAUAUAACUGUCAUUUUAAUAAGAAAUUAUGCAACUAUGAUGCGUGAUGACUGAUAAGUAUCGAUGACUAUCAGAAAAACCGAUGGAGACAAUUUAACUUUAAUACAAUUGAACGUUUCUCAAAAUAAACGAUAUAAAUUAAUACUACAAGAUAAAUAAUUAAUAUUAUGUUCGUCUUAUGUAAAUAAAAAAAUUGUGGAAUUUAACUGGAUAUAAUGGAAAAAUCGUAUUUUCAUUGUUUUGUGUGUACUUCUUCGUAUUAUACUCAAAUUAAAUAAAAUACCUAUUAAAUAAUAGACCUGCCUAAUUUCUUUAUAAUGGUCAACGCCAAAUAGGUAAUCAUUAGAAAACUGUUCAACUCCCUUGACUAUGGCAGAUUAUUUGAUUAUUGAUAAUUAAUUUGGUAUAUCCUUAAAUGUACAGUUGUAAAUGUACAAUUAUAUUAUAUAUAUAUAUAUAUAUAUAUAUAAUAUAAAUAAUAAGCAUUAAUAAUUGUAUAAUAAUAAUAGUUAUUUUAUUUUAUUUUAAUAUUGUGUAAUUGGGUACCUAUAUGUUAUUAAAAAUACAUAAUUUUAGUAAUUUUGUUUUUACUUUAUUAUUUUAUUACAUCUAAAAUGCUUAUAUUUUGUUUGUUUCAGAAGUGUACCGUUUUAAAAUCGCAGAAAAAAGUACUCAUCGACAAUAAUACGUUUAUACAGGAAUGUCUAGAAGCACACAAUCAAUAUCGAAAAAAACACGUGGUUCCUCCUAUGACCCUAAGUAAAAAAGUAAAUAUCUUUGAUGCCAUUUAUCAAUAUAACUCUGGUGUAAACAUUUCGUUAUAUGGUAGUUUUAUUAAAACGUUGCUUUUUUCAUCUGCUCACACUAAAAGAAACGUAUGGAAAUAUUUUAUAGGCAAAGUUAUUCUCUGCAGCUAUACUAUUAUACGUACAAAUACAAUAUAAUAAUAUAUUAUACAAAAUAAUUUACAAAAUCUAACAAAUGCAAUAACUUUUUUUGUAUUCAAUAAUAUUGUUUUUGUUUGUGUGUGUGUAAUAAUUACCAAAGCUUUGUGCUAAAGUUCUUAUAUUUUUUAAAACUAGUAAUAAAAAAUUUGGUAUUAAUAAUGUUUACUAAUGGGUUGCUAAUUUUGUACAAUUUUUUGAGUUUAAGAAAAAGUACCUACUUAUAGUAGUAUGAUCAAAUUUAUUAUUUAUUAAUUAUACGUAUAUUGAUUAGUAUUUUAGUAAUUAUGUCAAUGACAACAUAUUUACAUUACGUUAACCUCGAAAAAUAGUCGAAAAUUAACGACUUAUCAUGUAAACAUUAACAUAAACAGUUUUAAUACCAACAUUUGAUUUCAAAAAAAAAAAAAAAAAAAACGUUCAAAAUGACUGUUGGAAUUUCUAAAAAUAAUUAUAACACAAGGCUCCAGUAAUAAUAUUAUUACAAUAAACUAUUGAAUAGAACAAACGUCACCUCUCUGUGAUUCACUCUGUAUGUACCUACCCAUAUUAUUAACGUUACAUAAAUGAUACACAUGUACACACACACAGACAUACACAUAAUAUAAUAUAGAAUUUUCCUUUCCAUAUCAUUUUGGCUGUUGAGCUUCGUAAUAGAAAAAUUCGGAUAGAUUACAUGUUGACACGACAACAAUACUUUACUGCUCGUGUGUUGAACGAUGAGGAAGGCCAUUAAAACUGUUGUCGCAGUAUAUAGAGUUUCCGAAGUUAAGUAUGACGACUAGGUUCCUUUUUUAUAGUGGGGGAGAAAAACCACACAACAAAACGUGACAACUGUGCUUUCACUUCGUGGUCAGCAAUGAAUGAAAAAAAAACUGUUUUAUGUAAAUAUUCCUUGUUUCUCUUGUUACUCUUUUUACUAUCGCACUUAUUAUUAUUGUGAAAAUAUGAUUGACGUACAUUAAAAACUAUAUUAUAUUAUUCUAUAAUAUCAUUCUAUAAUAUCAUUCUAUAAUAUAUUAUUGUAUACUAUAGGAAUACGAAUGAAGAAUUAACAUUGUUAGUUUAUUAAUUGUUGUAUUACUAAAUAUUCAAUAAUAGUUAACAUGUAUAAGUACUAUACACUUAUUAGUCUAAAUAUUACAACGUUACGAUAUAUUUAUUAUUAUUGUAAUAAACAUGAUGUAUUUUUGCUACACUACGCUUACCAUCGUAUAAUAAUUUUAUUUUCGAAUUUGCUUUUGAAAUUGAGUUUUGUAUUCAUUCAAUUUUUAAUGGUACGAAUAUAUGAUUGUAUAAUAACUAUAAUCAGAGCCAACUGCAGUGUGCCAGGCCGAGUUCCAGCAAUCAUGCCAGUAUAUCUAUCUACAGUUUACCGAACCAAUUCACUCGGUUUUUCUCACUCUGGUGUAUUUGCUUCCUCUUUUAAUAAUUUUGAAAUUUGAAAUAUUUAAAAUAAGUUUAAGUAGAUUAGAAUACUGCGAGAAAUUGAACCGGUUUAAAAGAGAAGAGUUUCAAAGUUUGCAUUUUUUGUUACUCAUUACACACUCACUUACUCAUUGUCAAAAUUAUAAGGCACUCCCCGUAUAAGUAACGUUAAAUUUGACACAAAGGGAAGGUAUUAAAAAACAACUAAAGGGAAAAAUUUCAAAUUCUAUUCGAUUUAACAAAAGAAAAUAUAAAACAUAUAUAAUCCCUUCAGUGCCUCGUAAAAAAGACAACUCUCGCAAUGUUGAAUCUAACAAAAAGGAAUGAUAUUCCCAACAAAAAUCUAACCGACAAAAAUAAGUUUAAGUUCCAGAUAGUCGCUCCCAAAAGAGUCAGCCUACAAAAUUAGUGAUAUCUACAUUGUGGCCCAAGUAUGUUUUAUGUUUCAUUCAGGAACUGGCCAAGUGUGCAGAUAUAAAAAUAAAACAAUAGUAUUUCUCUAUCGGUUAUGGACUAAGAAAAAAAAAGACUUAGCAAAACUGUGGAUAUUACUACUUUGUUAGGAGGCGGUCUGGGACUUGUCCCUUUUUUCAUGGCUAGGUUUUUGUUGAUAACAAUUUACCGAAUCGUCGUAUUCUUGGACAUAAAAUAAAAAAUUAAUUAGAUUUCGAUAUACUUAGGCUAUUUGUCAUAAUAUAAUAUAUUAUAAUUCUCCAAUAUCAUAAUAAUAAAAACAAACACUAUUAAAAUAUGUAUUGUACUUGUCUAUACACAGCUAUGUAAAUACGCUGAAGAAUGGGCAAAUUAUUUGAGCGUCAAAGGUUUACUGGAGCACAGACCUUCGUCGCCGUACGGGGAAAAUUUGUUUUGCUCUUGGACGUCGCUACCAAAUCACAGAAUAGAGGGCAGGGAACCGGUGGACAGCUGGUACGAAGAAAUCAAAUAUCACCCGUUCGGCCGUGAACCGACUACCCUAAAAUCAGGUGACUAGCUAUUAUUGCGGUCGUGUUAGAAAUUAUUUUCUCUUUAUAAGAUUUGAAAGCCAAUGAGACUGAAUACGUUGUAAAAAUAAAAACAAAGGUAUAAUAAUUACAUAUUAUUAUGUGGAGAAUAUUUGGCACUAGCUCAUUAAUCAACGUGAUGCGAUAACAGAUUAUUAUUGCGUACAUUUGCGAUUAUUUCAGGGCCCCAAGAGUCUAUAUAAUAUCACCACUAACAAUAAUAAUAAUAAUGGGCAAUUGAAAAACCGUCGAAAGCCUUUAAAUUUGUGUGUGCAACCGGCUCGGUUACGCCAUGCGCUUAAUAUUUUCGGGUAUAAAUUAUCAACAGAAAUCAACGAUGGUUGUUUUCCAUCUGCACGGCACGACGCAUACGAAUCAUUUGUGAUUGCUUAUACUGCGGUACAAUAAUAUAAUACGCAACAAUAAUAAUAAUAAUUGUAUACACUCUAACCAGCAACCGGGUAUUAUAAUAUUAGAUAAUAGUGAGGACCGAUAUCGCUGUGGGUUUUUGUUAUGAUGGUUGGUACUCUGCCGUACACGUUUACUGUACGCAAUAUUCAACAAAGAAAAAUGUAAUUUAAAACUCAUCGUAGAUAUUAUGUUGACGGUUUUAUUUUAAACGAAAACAUUUAAUGGUUAUAUUAUAUACAUUAUACAGAGUAUAACACGAAGGUCUGACACUUGAAAGGAUUUUUGUUCUGUUCGAUAUUUUUUUUUGAAUUUUAUAAAAAUCAUUAACAAAACUAUUGUCCAUGGAAAAAUCGGUGAAUCUAUGGAUGUUAUGUAGUAAUGAUAAUUAAUAUAAUUACUUUAAACUUCAAACAAUUGUAUAAAAUUAACGAUUCGUCAUUAGUACAAAUAUUUAUAACAGCAAAAAGUUGUUUCAAAAUAUAUUUGUAAAAUGGCUAUCUUGGAUUUUGUAAAAAUAUACAUUUUCAUCUUUGGUAUUAAAAAAAAACUUAAGAAAAUAUAAAAUAGAGAAAUCAUAACGCAAGGCUCUAGUAAUUAUAACUAGAAAAAACCUUAAAAAUACUAAACAAAAUAAAAAUUAUUUUAGGUGUCAUAUUUUCGUGUUACAGUGUACAUACAAAUCGUACUUAUUCUGUUAAUAUUACUUAUUCAUUUAAAAUUAACAACUAUCCAGGGACCUUAUGCAUAUUCGUUUUUUUAUGUGUCUCGCAUGUAUUAUGGUAACAAGGGAAUUUCGCACUUCAACGAAUGUGAAUUGCGACUCUGUGGGUUAAUUUAGGGCAAAAUUAUAUAUUAUGCAUCCAAAAAAAAAAAAAAAAGAGUAUUUAUUUUAUUAUGCCUCAACCGAAUAACUUUUUUAAUUAUUUUAAACUAUUUUAUUUUCAUAUUUUAUCGAGAAAAAAUACAUAUUUUAAUUUAACUUAAUUUAUCUUAGUUUUAACCGUUCAUAAAUUAUUAAGAAACGAAAAUUUAAAAAAAAAUCAUUAGGUCGAGGCAUAAUAAUUCUCUUGAAAAAAAAAUGUAUAAUGGGCGCCUUUGUUUUAAACUCAACCAGAGAGGCGGAAUUUUUGAAGUGCGUCAGAAUGCAUUUGUUGCAAUAUUUCACGCGAGGCAGACAGAGAAAAGAAAUUAUGUGAAGGGGCCUCUUUAAAGGACGCUAUACACCUGUAUUUUCGGUUUUUGUCCAUCUAACGGGCAAGUACGUGUUUUCGUAGGUAAUUCCAAUAGUACUCAGGAUCUCAUAGAUUUAAAACGAAAUUUAUUCCACCAAAUUAAUGACGAAAAAAUAUAUCAAACCAUUUUUGUUAUACGUUUAUUAGAGUCUACAGGGUACUGCUUGAAAUACGAAAAUACAUUUUCACUACAUUUUUCGUUAGACAGAUAGAGCUGACAAAAACCGGCGUCACAUCCUCCCAUAAUAAUUUAAUGUUUGAUAUACGUAUAAGUAGGGGUAUAAAUAAUAUUUCGCAAAAUCAUAUAAGUUAAAAAAUCCUACAAAGGCGUAUGAAGGACCAAUGUCAGAAACAAAAAAAAAUUGUCGGGAAAUUACAUUUUAAAAUUAGUAUUUGUCAAAAAAUUAUAUUUAGGUAUCAAUUUUCCAAAAAUCUAACGUAAAAUCAAUUAUUAUUGAACUACAUUAAAAACAAAAAUAAAUGUUGACUUUAGCCUUUCUUGCAACAAGUCGCAGUAUAUCUGUGACUACAUGCUAUAUGCAUGUAUAUAAUAUAUUAUAAAAAUAACUAUGAACGUAAACUUUCUAUCGAAUUAUCAUUUUUUAUUAUACCUAUAUAGUUUGAAUUGAUGAUGAGAUAUAUAAAACUGUACAGCUAUUUCCACUUUACGAUUUACCUUUAUUUGUCUUAUUUAUUGUAAUUUGUAGUUGAACAGCUAUAAUUAUAGUACGUUUUAGUAGGUAUAUAUAUAUAAAUGCUAUUUAUAUAUAUAUGCUUAUAUAGUUAAUAACUAUUAUAAACUAUAUCAUUUUUUUUUAAGCAUUAUUAUUAUUAUUAUUAUUAUUAUUUAAGUAUAGUGUUUUGAGAUUCGUGCAACUAUUACCGAACUCAGUUCGUUUAUGUGGGAAAUGAAAAGCCGUGACCGGCCAACCGUCUGAGAUUUUACAGUGACGCGUUGUCCGGAGCGCAUAAUAACAUACUGCAUCGCGUCCCAGACCAGGUCGCUUGUUAUGCCUCACCCGGUAUACGAUUACGUUUUGAAUAGUUGAACUUUUUACCAAUUUUUAAUGUUGUUAAUGGUGUCUGCUCGACGAUACUGCAGGAUUCGAUUCCGACAAUCGAAAUAAAACGAAUGUUUUUUUUUUUUUUAAUUGUAUUUUUCUCUUAUGACCUACACACGACCUUGUUUUCGUACAACAAAUCGUGGUUUAUUUUCAAUUAAACUUCCGAAAUUCCCGAGCGAAUGAAGUUGACGGAAAUCCUGAUCACAAAGCAAUAUUAUUAACGUACUUGUUUUUCGAUCGUGCAUUUCGGGCGGCACAUGACGAGCAAUGGGUUCAAAACCGAGUGCAUCAUGUUAAUACAUCUGGAGAGGUUUUGUUAAUUCAUGUUUUAUUUAGCAAAGGAUUUUAACCUAACUAGGGAUACCCCUUAAUCCUCUUCUAAUCCUGUAUUUAUUCUAUGCAAUACAUCGCGCUUACCUACUGUAAAAGUUUAACCACAUCACGACAUUAUGUAAAUAUUAAUUUAUGUUAUUAUUAACGUUUAUUUUUUUCGUAUUUUUUUUUCUUAAUAGCAUCUCAAAUUAUUAUAAUUUAUUCAUGUUAUUUGCAGGUCAUUUUUCACAAGUCAUAUGGAUGACCAGCAAAGAAAUGGGGGUCGGCGUAGCGUCAAGCAGAUCCGGCCAGAUAUUCGUGGUCGCCUGUUAUGAUCCCGCUGGAAAUUUUCUCGGUCAGUUUAGAGAAAACGUUCCCCCAAUCGGGUAAAAUCAAAUAACAAUAUACUUAUAAUAAUAAAUAUAAAAUACUAAAAAUAUAUGUAUUUAUUUUAACCAAUGACUCGUACACAACGAAUCAGAUGGAAUAGAUACAUAUAGAGAUACCCAUAUAUUAUAUUAUAUCGUAACGUUUUGGUUUUAGCGGUUUUAAGAAUACACCACUCGGCCCUCUUGUUUUACAAUCUCCGUACACUGACGAUCAGUUGUAUAAAGACAGUUUAAAACUACAUAAUGACUACCGGUUGAAACACGGUUCCGGACCACUGACUCUGAACAAAAUAGUGAGUAAUAUUACGCGUACCUUGGUAUUACACUAACGUAGAUAGACUUACUACUGCGUUAAUGUUUCUAAUAUAAUGCGUCUUUAACUUAAAAAUAUUUUCUUUGUCGAAUAUAAUGUUGGGUACCUAUACAAUUAUUUUAGCAUUAUUGUUAAUAAUUUUAUGUUUUUAGUUAUGCCGGAACGCACUGACAUGGGCGAAGACUUUGGCUAAAGACGAUAAGUUCAUGCAUCAGCCAGACAAUCCUUUUGGCGAGAACUUGUUUAGCAUGUGGUCAUCGAAUCAGGUGACGGCCAAAGAUGCGAUUUGUAACUGGUACAAAGAAGGGAAAAAUUACGAUUACUCGAGAGAACCGAGAAUUCUUAAAUCGGGUAAUGACUGCGGUGUACAUUAUACGUACCUACAUUGCGCGAGGUUCAUUAAACGUUUUCGCAGUAUAUUAUUAUAAAUUAAGAUUAUAUAGAAAGUCUUUAGUAUGUCGUCGCGUUAGCUGUUCUUCGUUAAGACACUAACUGCAGUCUAUAUUAAAUCGAUGUGAAUAAUUAUUAUUGACAGUAUUAUUAUAUACCCCUUUACUUUAUAAUGUCACGUUUUAUCAAUAUUCUUGUGGUAUAAAUCGUAAUAGGUGACUGUAUAACUUAUUCGAUAUUUUUUACGUAAACAUUUAAAAAUAUUAUAAAUUCACAUUGUAGUGUCAUCAUCACAAAUUGCGAACAUAUUUCGAUAGUAGUAUACUCGUAUAUUAUUCCGGUAAGACCGCUAUUUUCUCAAAUGGGGACGCGCUAAUAUUACUUUCAUUAUAAUUCAAUAUAAUAUAAUACAAUAAUGUAAUGUUUUUGUGAAAUCCGAAAGAUCACGACGUUGCAGUGAACAGUUUUACUAGGUUUCUGUCGAUUUGCGCGUUAAUUUUUUUCUAUAAAGCAGUUUUAACUGUUUUAAGACGAGUAAAAAAAUUAUAAUUCUGUAUACGAACCGUUUUAAUUACAGGACACUUUACCCAGCUAGUAUGGAAGAGCACCACGUCCAUGGGCAUAGCGAUGGUUAAAGGCAAGUCUGGAAGAAUUGUGAUCGUCGCUAAUUAUAAUCCACCCGGCAAUGUAAUGGGACAGUUUAUUGAUAACGUUUUAAGGCCUUGUUAAGUUAUUUUCUUUUCUUUACCAAAAAUUCUAUAAGCAUUUUAUUUUCCUAUUUAAAUUUGAAGUUUGUAUUCGAUUUAAUUUUGUUUAUUUAUUAUAAUUAUUAUUAUCUAUAUAGGAUAUACAAAAAUAUUACUAUUUAUUGUCUUUCAUUAGAACACAGAAAUGUAUUCAUUAUUAUUUAUGAUUAUUAGCAGUAUAAUAGGUAAACACAUACAGUUUUGCGUAGUCGACUAUAUUGUUAUAUUUAUAUUGUAAUUUAUUGUCAAAUCAAAAUUUUCAAAUUAAUACAUAAUUAUUUUUGCCAGA